AUGGGCAAGCCGCCUGUCACAGUACCAGUAAGUAGAGCCACUACUGGAGCAUCAAGCAAGAAGCAAGUGUUCAAUGUGAUACUGGUGAGCGGUGUAGUGUGGAUGUGUGCGUCCAUCAAUCUUUCGCAGCUACGCCUUUCCUUGAGGCGGCUGGAGCAGGAAAUCGCCGAGCCGUGCUGCAGAGAGGAAAGGAUGGCAGGUGGUGCCACGGUGAACACUCCCAACACAUGCAGGAGGAAACAGUGGCGGGAGCUUUUUCCUUCCUCGCGGCCAGACGACGCGGACUGGCUUUUUCCUGCUCCUCCUGACACACUCACAGUUUACCGAUCCGAGGCAGAGCAACGAAGCGCGGCGAACUGGGUGAUUCACAAGCAACUCCUCUCCUUCCCGACUGUGAGAUGUGGAGCUGCAUGUCUCUCAUUGCAGGCGACUCAGAGAUCACGUCGCAGGUGGCGGGCAGCACGCAAAGCACUGCAAGCCCACCACUGCCGGAGACAUCGCAACGGUGCAGCGCCCCUGCUUGGGUGA